AAUAGCAAUUAGCGUGUGCUUUUUGUGGUGUUGUACUGUAACAUUGACUUGGAGACCAAUCUUUCAAUCACCGAAAUGGACACAUCAGAUAUCUAAUGAUAAUUUGACGGGUAUACCAAAAUCCGUUAUACAGCUUCAAGACAAAAUUUUAUAUCCUACUAGGCUUUUUUUACAAAACAUGUUCAGCUCACAGCAUCAAAUAGACAAAUCUCGAAUGCUACAUAAAACACAAGAACGAGUUCUGAAAUCAACACAAUUUUUUUGUAAUAUCAAUGGCACUAGAUCUGAAACGAGGCCAACAUCUGUACAUGAAUUAAGACCCGGUGACUUAGAUGUAAUCGGCAGUGUCGGGGAUUCAUUGACAGUUGGGACGGGAAGUUUUUCGUAUUUUUUACCACAAUUAGUCGUCGAUCAUCGUGGAACAUCAUGGACAGCUG